UCCUUCUUCAUCUCUCAGUUCUCAGUUCUCAGUUCUCAGUUCUCACUACUCACAUCUCUCUAUGUUUCACCUCAACGAACUCACAACACUAAGGCCAAACUAACUUUUAAUAUCAGUAAUGAGAGACCUUGAGCUCUUGAAGACGAGCACGAACCAUCAACCAUGGCCGCCCAUUGGAGCUCCGAUGAAUCUCCGGCGAGAAGAACCAUGUAAAUCUCGAUUCGACGAGGACUCAGUUAACGCCGUCUCAUUUGGUUUCGUAGCUACAGCCAUUCUCAUCUCAAUGUUCCUCCUCAUGGCUAUCUUCGAGAAACUCAUUCGAACAACCACUAACCCAGAUUCCUCUUCUGGUCGGAUCCUUUCGGGUAUAGAUUCUCGGGUCGGGUUCAGUGGGUCAGCAGCAUCUAAGCUCGGCUACCAAUCUCCCAAGAUGACUGUUUACGCGAACGGUGUGUCAGUAUUGAUGCCAGGAGACAACAUCCCUACGUUCAUUGCUCAUCCAGUGCCCGUGCCUCAUCCUUCUCAACACAUCUCAAAGUCUCAGCAUCAACAUAGCUCAUCAAGAGAUUCCUCCAACUCAAACUCCAUUCAAGAAUGUUGAAAGACUGUUUUCUUUAUCAUGUAUAUCACCCAUUGGCUUAAUAAACAUUCCAGCAACCACAUUGAGUUGAGUUGAGUUGAGUUUGGCAUCGAAUGUUUUUGUUUUCUCCCGAUGAUCUCACUACAUUGAUUGGGUUCAUGGAGAUUAUUUAUGCGUAUU